AUGACACCAGUGACGCCGCAUUCUGCUGUCCCGCUCCCGCCCCACUCCCAGCCUUACCCCGAUGAUAGGCGGCACAUCAGCUUCGACAACGGCCCGCAGCCGCCCAUGUACAGCAGGCAACCAAGCUAUCAGCCCCAGACCCCGUUGCCGCACCCUCAGCCUUACGACUACCCGCCGCAGUAUGCUCACCAUGGCGAGCUCCCCUAUCCGAUCCAGGUCGCGGCUGCGUCGGGCAAGCGCAAGGCGCAAAGGGCAUCACAGGCUUGCGACAUGUGCCGGCAACUAAAGGCCAAGUGCGAUGAGUUGAAACCGUGCAAGAGCUGCAAAGAAAAGAAAGUCGAGUGCAAGUACCGGGAGGCUGUCCCGAAGCAGCAAGACAAGGUCACGUCUGAUAUUCUGGACACCCUAAUGACGCUGCAAAACAAGUUCGACUCCUUCGACCAACGCAUGAGCAGGCUGGAACGCGCAAUGGUGCGCAAUGGCGCCUCAGUUGACCUUUUGGCCGACCCGGGGUUGGACGACGAUGACCGACCCGAAUCGGCCGAAUCGGCGUUGCCCAAGGCUGAAGAUGCUGCCUCGGCUUCACCCGCAGACACGACAGGCGAAAAGCCACCUAUCGACAGCAUUCAGGCUCGUAAUAUUACGCGCGACAUGGACGAAGAAAAAGAGGUAGAGCCCGGCCCUAGGGUUCGACCAGGUCUCCCCUCGAUUCCGCAUAACCAUACCACGCUGGCUGCUUUCCUGCUAAAGUGGCGUCCCAUUUCGGUCCUUGUCGGGGGUAUCUUGGAAGCCGAAAACGUCAAGUACGUCGACGAAUUUCCGAUUCGCCAAGAAGAGAAGCGCGGCCUCCUCCGGAUUUGGGGCCGCGGUGAGGGCCUAGAGAGCAGCCUUCGAAUGGACAAGGCCGACCGGGAGGCCAUCCACGAUGCUGGCGCGAUGGAGGUUGUACAAGACGACGUUUCGGACUCUGGCGCUCCCUCGCCGGCCGACUGCUGGGGCGGCAUCAGCGGCUCGCCCGGACCAAUCGAUGGCAAGCCUGUCAUCAGCGUUCAGACGCCGGAUUUCAGCGAGAAGAUUGUGUGGAAGUAUGUUCAAAGCUUCGAGGAGAACAUCCAGAACAUGCACCCGCUUAUAAUACCGAAAGAGCUGCACGCAAUGGUCAAACUCUUUCUGGACACAGUCCAGCAGACUGCGAGCAAGCAGUCUCGCAGCGCUGGCAUCGCCAAGUUUGUCGUUACCCCGUCGCCGCAGUCCGAGACGGGGGUCAAGAGAAAGCGGUCUCCGGCGCCAGACGGCUCAGAGUUGCCCGCCACAUCACCCAAACCGGCAAAACCCGUCUUCCAGCGAUCCAUCAAUAACGCCCUCGUCUUGUUAGUGCUUGCGCUGGGAAAGAUCUGCUUGCAUAAAGACAGGAUCCCCGACGUGGUGCCAGUCAGUGAUGCCACGCACAACUCGCCCAUGGCGCGGAACGGAUACCCGGCACCAACAUCUCCCAUCCAGCCUUCCUCGCCCUCCCAAGCAUCGCACACGCACUCGGCCGGUCUGCCAUCUCCCAAGGAGGGUGUUGAGCGUCCAGGACCCAGCAGGCGAUCCUCCUUCCAGGGCGGAGGCCCGCCCAUCAAGGGGGGAACAUCUCUGAAGAGAAACAUGGACGUGAUCCCGGGGUUGGACUACUUCGCUUAUGCCACCGAUAUCCUAGGAGGCCAGCUUGCGGGAACCAGCUUACGGCAUAUCCAUGCAUACCUCCUUGCUGGGUUGUAUCACGGACAGCUGGGACGGGUGUUGGAGAGCUACGCUUACAUCAAGGAGGCCGGAUAUGCGUUACAGGUUAAGAUGAGACCGAGUUUAGACCGGUUCAGCAAGAUGCGGCGUGAUCAAGUUGGAGUAUCUGAGAAGUCGGAUAACCAGCUUGUCUUCGCCUUUUGGACUUGUUUGCAACUCGAGAGUGACAUAAUCGCCGAGUUGCCACUCCCCCAAUCGCACAUCUUGGCCUACGAGGACAUGAUGCCGUAUCCCAAUAUCAACUUGGCCCGAGACCUGGGCUUCAGCCAGAUUGUGCUUGAGAGCUACCUCGCACAGUUGUAUCUGCGCAAGAAGUUGAAUGAAAUCCACGGAAUGCUGUAUGACCCGGACAAGCCGCUCCCACCGCUCCUUGGCACGGGAGGCGGGGCCGGCGGCAACAUCAUCGAAUACAUUGAGGACUCACUCGAUAUGCGCUACCAGCGCUGGGUGCCGCCCGAAUUCAAAUUCCAGCCCACCGAUCCGCCGGCCGGAGAUAUCCUGUCGGCACGACUGCGCGCUAAGUACUGGGGAGCGCAGGUCAUCACCUACCGGCAGUUUGUGCGCACGAUCCUUGAGGUCAACUUUAGCAAAACCAUGUCUCACGAGUCGCCGAUGCCCGCGUCCGAAUUCCGCUCCGGUCUCAUGGUGCCCGUUGUCGGCCCGGACAAGGACAUUCCCGACGAGAUGUAUCGAUAUGCGAAGAAGGGAGUCAACGCGCUGAUCGAGAGCACGCGGGCGUUCCAUGGGCUCAAGGAGAGGCGGUUCGUCGUCACCAAUAUUUUUGGGACGGCCCAUGCUCAAUGGGGCAAUCUUCUCACCCUCUCGGCUGUAUUUCGAGACCCCACUCUCCGAAACCUGGUCGACGAGCAGGUGCUCAGGGAGCUCUUUUCCAGGACCAUCGCCUUCUUCAGGAUUAUUGCCCAACCCACCAGCGCCCUGCACAUCGACCUGCGCAUCCUCGAGGGCCUCGAGCGCGAGCUCUGGCCUAAUAAUAAGUCAAACAAUGCCGAUACCGCCAUGGAUCAUCCGACGGGAUCCAGCUUCUCCAGCUCGGCGAGCGGCGGCGGUGAACUGCCCGCACCGCCGCCGCCGCCGCCGCCGCCGCCGCGGAUGCAUCCGAUGCCGCCUGUCGCCGGCCCUCUCCCGGCUGGCAUGCACUCGCCUGUCAUGAAUCAUCAUCAUAUUAUCACCAACGGGAUGAGCAGCAGCAUGUCGCCGCCGCUUCCAUCGCCGAUGCAGCUCCACCAGGCGGCGACGGCGGGGCUCCCGGGACCGGUCCAAAUGAUGUCGGAGGCGAACUCGGUGGUUCAUCAUCAUCAGGGAGCGGGGGCGCACCACCACCACCCUGGUAUGUUGCCGCCUAUGCAACACCAUCCACCACCUCAUUGA